AUGGCAUAUUGUUUCUUAGAGGACAGGAUUCCGCUUCAGCUUACACACGCCCACCCCGAGCCCCAGAGGCGAGUAGCCGAUCUUUUACCAUCUCGACAUGUCGUCUUGCCCUUUAAUCUUCGGCACAACAGGUACGCUCUCCGUGGCAAGGCUUGGGAGCAACUGUUUAAUCUAUUUCCUGAUACAAUAUCCGUGUCGUCUGAUGGAUAUUUCCUCGUGUUCCACCUUGGUUCUCUCCCUCCCAAGCCGUGGCCGAUUACCAUCGCUGGCGUCCAGCCAUACUUCACCACCGAUCUAAAUGACGACGGACCCAUCCCUCCAAUCAAACGCGCAAGCAAAACAGUCCUCCGCGUCUCUGCUGAAAGAAACGUCACCAAGCUUCCGCCGGCGAGAAUCGAUGAGGCUUUCGAGCUAGUAAUAGAUUACUUCUUAAGCUCCAAAAUUCCUAUUACAGAGAUUCAGUACUGGGACACUUUUUUUGUCAUUGUCCUGCAGAGCGAGGAAAUCGAUAUGGCGGAAGUUCCAAGUGCCAUAGGGCAUUGUCGGUGUUAUUAUCUCUUUGAAGAGGAGAUGGGCCGUCCCCAUCCGGACGAAUUUCUAGCCCAGAGAAUCCGUGACCCAAACGGUGAUAUUGUGGACAACAGCAAAUAUGACGUAUUGCGUCCUGGGGUUAUGCUCGGUUCGGAGAGGCAUCCUAUCAGUGGACUCGAAUUACGCACAACCUCUGGGGUCCUUGUCGAAGACUUCAGGGGUGAAAGAUACAUCACUGCCGCAUCACACGGCUUUCCACAUGGCGAUAGAGUCUUCCACCCAUCCGCCGGAGGCAGAGAAAUUGGACGCCUCACUAUGGAACUCACUUACACUGAUAUUGCGAUUGUGAAGCUCCAUGAGAAUGUGCAGUUUGUGAACGAAACCUUCGAGGCCACAUCGCUGGGGGUGCCCCCAACGACGCUGGUCGAUUUCAUACCCGCUGAUGAAACGCAGAUCGGCUCCGAAGUGUACAUGAACAAUCCAUUCACUGGUUACUCUGAAGGCACAUGCGGGCCCCACUCCAGGCUGCGCAUUCCAUCCGACGAUCCCUAUCAAGGAUCCAUACAAUGGAUCAAGGCGCGGUGGGUUUAUAUGGGUCAGGGAUUUAUUGAUAGGCCGGAGGAUGGUGUCUGUGGGUCUGCUGUCUGGAAUGAGAAUGGGCAAGUUCUGGGGUUCUUCUGUUAUGCUGGGAGGCCAGAGCAAUUAAGGGACUGGCGCUUUAUGGUGGCGUCAGAUAAUAUUAUGGAAAAGGGGUUCAAAAUAGCUGCGUAG